AUGGGCUCAAUUGGUGAUCUUCCGUCUGCCCUCCAGCUCUCAGGAAUUGGACCGGAUAAGCCUAGAGUUGUUGUGAAUGCAUUUCUCCUACAGAAUCCUGACAUUGACUAUGUGAGGUUCCAAUGGGUGGACUACGCGGUAUCUUACGAGUUCGGGUGUGGCCAGGUUACCCUAAGCUGUCUCCCUGAUGACAGUCGAGUUCCAAUUGAGGCAUCAUCUACCCACUUGCUCUACCCAGACUGGUCGUCUCUCCGAAUUCUCUCCAACUGUAUGGACAAAGACGGCCCGAAGUAUGCCUCAGUCAUGUGUUCCAUCAUCGAGGAAGACCCCGGGGGCAUCUCCAAUUCCAACCUGUGUCUCCGAAUCGCGUUGCGAAAUGUUGUUUCUCAGGGCGCAACGGAGUGUCAGCUGGACUUUCUUAUUGGCUUCGAAAUCGAGUUCGUCGUUCUACAGUCCACCCUAGAGGGAAGUCUGAUCCCAUUUUCAUCACACCCUGGUACCUACUCGGCUGCUGGACUACGCACCCCAUCCUACAAGUACCUAGAGGAGUGUGUCAAGAAUCUGUCUUGUUCCGGAAUCCCUGUCCGCGAGUUCCACGUGGAAGGAAACAUCGGCCAGUACGAGAUUACCCUAGCAGCCCGCCCUCCACUCGAAGCAGUUGACGAUCUCGUCGCUGCCCACGACAUCAUCAGAUGCACCUUCGCACGCCAUGGGUACACUGCCACUAUGUCUCCGAAGCCGGUAGAGAACCGAUCUGCGAACGGCUCCCACAUCCACGUCUCCAUACACCCUCCCCGUAACCAAGAAGCAUUCCUUGCUGGACUGCUGCAGCGCCUGCCCGCCAUCUGUGCUUUUUCUAUGCCCUCCAUUAGCUCAUACCGGCGCUGUGGGGAUUAUCAGGCAGGGACAAACGUAAGCUGGGGGACGCAAAACCGCCAAACACCCGUGCGCAAAUUAGGCGAUGGUUAUUGGGAAGUUCGAUGUGCAGAUGCAACGGCGAAUAUGUAUUUGGCCGUCGCGGCCAUUUUAGGCGCGGGGCUCUUGGGCAGCAGAAAUGGUGAGCCUCUUCGUUGGGAGGAUAUGUCUUUUUCUUCUGGUUCCAAGGUCACCUGCGAAGAGCUCCCACGGACGAUCUCUAAAUCCCUAGAUUCACUGGAAAGAAUAUCUGAUGAGUUUCGGGAAAUCCUCAGUAGCAAGGUCACGGCGAGGUACUUGUAUGUAAAACGGAACGAGGUUCGGGCUUUAGAGGGACUUGACUCAUUUGCGCUUAGCCAGCUAUUAUCAAGAGUCUUCUAA